AUGCAGCAGCCUGGCGUUUCCUGCCCCCACCUACCAUCCAGCCCCGCAAGCCCCCCCCAGGCGGGGCCCCUCGCUCUCAGGCGCCUUCUGCCCACGGGGCCUUUGCAUACAGCUCCCAGAUCACAGCGAGAUAACAAGCCCUUCCCAGGCGCCUGCUGCCUCGGGCACCCCCCAGGGUCACCACAGAGCCAUCAGUACCAGGGAGAGAACCCAGGAGUCCUGGCUCCACGCCCCCACCCCGCCUUCGCUGCCGAGCAGAGCGGGGGUGGAACCCAGAAAUCUAGCGCCCAGCCCUCCCCAUCCCCACAAAUAAAGGCUGUCGUGUUACCGGGAAGCGCGAGCGGCUACAAAUGGUGGCUGUGCCGAGCUGCCGCCGGGCUCAGUUCCUGCUUUCUCUUGCUGUGCCAGCAGCACGGUUGCCCACGGGGGGCACAGGCCUUGCCAGGGAGGGAGCUGAUUCUUGGGAAACCUUCACGCAAACGGCCUCAAAUCUGGACCAGUAACACUACCUGGGAUCCCCAUGAGGCACAGCGAUUUUCACAUCAAGCCAACUUCACAGGGACGGUUAAUGACCAGGAAGACACCGACUGUGGGGGUCGAUUUUCCCACAUCUGCUACCGCGAGUUCUCAUGCCAGGGUGCUGGCACUGCGGGAGACAAGACGGGCCUCGGUUCCGGUCCAGCUUGGCAUUGCCUGAGGAUCUCUGCCCAUAAGUACCAGCUCUAGCAAACAGGCUUUCUCACCACGAGAGGCUUCCACAACAACAGAGGCUUUUUGUGCAUGUUGAAAUUUUUUGGCGGUUUUGGCCAACUGAAACAUGUUGUCAAAUCCCCCCGAGUGUCAUUGACAACAGACGUUUCCAGAUCAACCCAAAAGCCAUUUUCCACUGGGAAAGAUUUUUCUCCCCUUUCUGCAAAGUCACUGAACGAAG